AUGACGGACCAACAAGCAUGGGCCUCGCUGGACCUCCAUAAAGGCACCAAGCGCGGAGAGUUAAAGAACAAGUUCUGUAAAUUCCAGCAUUACAGGCUAGUAUUUCAGGAAUUGGCCAAGUCCCUCGAAGAAUUUAAAGACGUAAAGGAGCUUCUCAUCGUAAUUUCAGAUGUCAUACAAGCACAUCAUGAUGCGUAUGAAAAGGCACAUAUUCUACAUCGCGAUAUCAGCGCAGGAAAUAUUAUGAUUAACCAGAACGGUCGGGGUCUUUUGAUUGACUGGGAUUUGUCCAAAGCGAUCAACACGCACGAUGACGGGACACACCAACCGGAGCGCACUGGAACAUGGCAAUUCAUUGCCUACAAUCAGGGAGGCAAACACGAGCCCGAAUAUCCCAUUCUUAUUCAUAGUAAAGACGAUGAUCUGGAAUCCUUCUUUCAUGUGCUAUAUUGGAUAGCACUGAGGUGCUGCGGCCACGGAAUGACCAUUGACGAAUUGAGAGCCAUUUUGGAACACAACUACGAUUUGGCGGUCCCAAUGGGUGAUAAACCUGUUGUUCCUGAAGGUAGAAAGGUCCUUCAAAACUCGCGGACCAUUCCAAAUGCAAGAUUUAAAUCGCCCGCCAUUGAUGCCUUCCUGGAACAAUUCCACAACAUAGUUAGCCAGCGAUACAUUCUUCAAGAGAAGCACAAAAAUUUACUUAUCUCAUGGAAGGACGAAAUACUGAAAGCCAAUCCAGAAGGUCUCGCAAACGAUGAAAUUGUUUUGGAACUAGAGGCGCCGGAUAAAGGCAAAUAA